UCGCACCACGUGGCCCCGGUGUCAGAGGCGACUUUGGUUUUAAAUCCCAUUGCCUGUCACCGACUCCAUAGUAACGGUACCGAGGCCGAGCGGUGGAGUCCGACCACCUGUGGCGGAUUAUUUCCAGGAAGGCUUUGCCGUUUCAAAAACAUCUGAAAAAUGUUCAACAGUAGUCCCCGGGAGUUUGAUGAAGAUCCGUUCCUCUCGGAUCCUUUCCGAGCCCAUAGGGAGCAUAUGCGGCAGAUGAUGCGUAGCUUCUCUGAGCCUUUCGGUGGGGCCCUCAUGCCAAGUAUAAUGGAUGGGAGAAACCGUGGCCACGACAUGAUAGAACAUCCUAGUUCAUCCUACCCACUGAGAAACGAACACAGGGAUAUGAGCCGGUCAUUGUUGCCCUUUGGCGGGAUUGACAGCACGGACUUGGUGAGGAAUCCUUUCAGUGUGUUUGACAACAUGAUGUCCGGCAUGAGAAGCAGGAUGGAGGAAAUGCACAGAAACUUUGAGAAUGUGUCCACCGAUUCAAACGCCCACUCAUUUAGCUCCUCAUCAGUAAUGACAUACUCAAAGGUUGGAAAUGAGCCUCCCAAGGUCUACCAAGCAACCUCGUCAACGCGCUGUGCCCCAGGAGGGAUCAAGGAAACCCGUCAAGCAGUCAGAGACUCUGAGAGCGGUCUGGAGAAGAUGAAAAUUGGUCACCACAUCCAGGACAGAGGACAUGUUGUUGAGAAGAAAUACAACAAGAAAACAGGAGAGAAGGAGUUCAACCAGGACUUUCAGAAUAUGGAUGAAUCCGAAGCACAGUCUUUUGAUGAUGAGUGGCAGCAGGAGGUGUCCAAGUUUCAGCAAUCCGGGCCCAUGUCUCGCUUGAACGAACCUCGACCCCGUGCUGUUCGCCAGGCAGCCCUCACCGGUCCUGAGCAGGCCCACAGAGUCCAACCGAGGAGCAAGGCUGAAGGCAAACGGAAAAAGUAAGCGCUCAGGCUCGAUGAAGCAGUGCUCAAUAAAGUUUUUCUUUAACACACCAUA